UAUAGUGCUGCAAUAUAAAGUCAACCGACCGGAAUCGGCCACUCGAAUUAUCUAAGUGUGUCUCCCGCCAGAGGCGAACGACAAGGAAUUUAAUUCUUUCUAUAAAGCAGUAUCUCCUUCAAGAGCAAUCAAGUCAGCAAGUGAUGUAAACAACUUGGAAAAAAGUAGUUAAGCUUUAGAAAGCAUGCUUUGCCAGCAGGAAGCUGGCUAAAAUGAUUUAAAUGUAAAUAAAAAGGAUUUAUUGAAGUGUUAAUUUGGCGCACGUAAGGGAUUUUAAGAGGUAUUUCAAUAGUUUCGACUUGCUAAAUUGCUCACUGAAUUGCACCUAGUCAAUCAAUAUUUCUAUUGAAAACAAUUAAAUCAACAAGCCAGCUGAGUGAAAGACUUUGACAGCCUGUGGUAAACAAUUGUUUCUACUGGAAACACGAGGCUGUGUUAAAAGCUAACCUUUAUCUUGAACAAUUUUAUGCUACUUUAAUAUUUUAAAGUUGGUGAUAAGUAAAUGGAAAAUGGAUUUAAGAUCAUUUCUCUAUUAACAUAGUCAAUCUGUAAACAUACUACAACCCAUAUGGAAUCAUCUAUUCCUGAAGCACCGUCCAGAGUCAGAAAAUCAAGCGAUUAGGGAGACAUACCUAAAGAUGGAGGCCGAAUGGAGCUCGGAUAACCAGUCCGCCUCCUUUGGCCGCCUGCCCACUGUGCCCAGUCCUUCAAUGGACUUGGAGGCUGAUAACGAGGUGGCCAGCAACUGGUCCACCUUGGCCAACUUGACCCGCCUCGUGACCGGCGUUUCUCCGGAUAUCAUCAACUACACGCUCAAUAUGAUGGAUCUGAGUGUGGUCGUGGCCACGGAUAUAACCAAUCUGAGUGUGGGCACCACGCCCCUUCCCGCCUUUGCGAUCUCCAACAGCUCCUCGCUGGCGCACACGAAUACCCGCCAUGAGGCACCACCGAUUGCGGAGCAGGUGCCCGAGCACGUGAUGGACCACGCACCUCAGCUAUCCCGUUCCGGGCUGCUUAAGGUGUACGUCCUGGCCGUGAUGGCGCUGUUCUCGCUGCUCGGCAACCUGCUGACCAUCUGGAAUAUCUACAAGACCCGCAUUUCGAGACGGAACUCCAGGCACACGUGGAGCGCCAUCUACUCGCUGAUGUUCCACCUUUCGAUCGCCGACGUCCUGGUCACCUGGUUCUGCAUCAUCGGCGAGGCGGCCUGGUGCUACACCGUCCAGUGGCUGGCCAACGAGCUCACCUGCAAGCUGGUGAAGCUCUUCCAGAUGUUCAGCCUCUACCUGAGCACCUACGUCCUGGUGCUCAUCGGAGUGGACCGGUGGAUAGCGGUCAAGUACCCGAUGAAGUCGCUCAACAUGGCCAAGAGGUGCCAUCGCCUGCUCGGAGGAACCUACAUCCUGUCGCUGGUGCUCAGCUUGCCACAGUUCUUCAUAUUCCACGUGGCCCGAGGACCUUUCGUGGAGGAGUUCUACCAGUGCGUCACCCACGGAUUCUACACGGCGGACUGGCAGGAGCAGAUGUACGCCACCUUCACGCUGGUCUUCACCUUCCUGCUGCCCCUGUGCAUCCUGUUCGGCACCUACAUGUCUACGUUUAGGACCAUUUCAAGCAGCGAAAAGAUGUUCCAGGGCUCGAAGCUGGCCAACUAUUCCACCGCCAAGCUGCCAACGCAGACGAACCGCCAGCGGCUGAUACACAAGGCCAAAAUGAAGUCGCUUCGCAUUUCGGUGGUAAUCAUCAUAGCCUUCCUCAUCUGCUGGACUCCCUACUACGUCAUGAUGAUUAUGUUCAUGUUCCUCAAUCCCGACAAAAGGCUGGGCGACGAUCUGCAGGACGCCAUCUUCUUCUUCGGCAUGUCCAACAGCCUGGUCAACCCGCUCAUCUACGGAGCCUUCCACCUGUGUCCCGGCAAGGGAGGCAAGUCCACUGGCGGCGGCGGCAACAACAACGCCUACAGCCUCAACAGGGGCGACUCGCAGCGCACUCCCUCCAUGCUGACGGCGGUGACGCAGGUGGACGGCACAGGUGGCAGUUCCCGCCAGAUGCGGGCCUUCCGCCAACAGAGCUACUACCGCAGCUCCAGCAACGGCACAGGCGGAUCCGCUGGCGGCGCUCCCUUCAAGGAGCAGGUGAGCCUGCUGCAUGUGGGUCCUGGCACAGGUCCUCCCGGAGGCUCCGUGUCCAGCAGUGCCACUCCGCAGCUGCUGAGGAAGGGAUCCGCCCUCCUGGCCCGUCAUCCCAGCUGCCUGCGGGAGCAGGAGCAUCAGCAGCGGCUCCUGCUGCAGGAGAAGCCCUCGACCGUGGUCCUAAGCUACGACAGCCAAAGGGGCGGCGUGGGCGUGGGCGUGGCCAGCGGGCUGUUGGACAACAACGAGCGGGUGUCCAGCGUUUGAGAGCAGCUGGCGAUGGCGGCGGCGGCGUUGGCUACGACGACUGCACCGGAUACAACAACAGCGGAUGCGGAUGCGGUUGCGGACGCGAACGCCGAUGUGGCGACGGAGGACGCCUGCUCCUGCUGCCAUUGCCUGAGCAGGGAGCUGGUGCGACGGCAGCUAGAACUCCAAGAGCUUCCAGUGCAGUGAGGCGACUGCCAGAGGAUUUGAUCCCAGGAGUCGGGGGAGGGAUUCCCCCAGGCCACAGGGCUAGAUGGGGAGGCGUCGAUGAUCAGAUCACCGGGGCGUGCAACUUGUGCUUAGGUAAUGCUAAUCGAGAGUUAAGUCUUUGAACACAAUGGGUGUGCUUAGGAGUAGCGUAGAAAUAGAGGUAGUCUUACAGAACGGUUGCCCAGCUCUGGGUGAAACUCAAAUGUAACCUUUUCUGAAUCUUAAUUUUAAAAAAUAUUACUGUCUAUAUAGUCACAACCAAAACUGUUUAUUUGUUUGCUUAAAUAUACAAAAAUCUAUUCAAUAAGAAUUCUAAAUAAAAAUGUUUUUUUUACUAUAAUUUUAAGUUGUGUACUUAAAGAAAAACUGGUUGUGCAAAUACUUAAAACAUCUGGAAAAUUACAAUCUUGUGACUUUAACAUUUUGUUUCAGUGCAAGUGAAUCAACUAUAUCAAUUACUUUUGUAAUCAAAGUGCAAUCAGAGUCAGUUCAAAUGCCAUUUCAGUUUACAACUUUUUAAUUGGGUAAUAAAUAAAUAUGAGUUCGAAUGAGUUUCUCUUAAUAGCAGGGCAACAUUGUAAAGUUAAUCUAAAAAUUGUCUCUUCUUUAUUUGGUUUUACCUCCUAAGAUAAUAAAAACUAUCAAUUCCUAAUUGAGUGAAAAAUAAACAGCCAAAAACAGGGUAAAAACCAUUGUAAAUAAUGAAGGAAUUAUUUUUCGAAGAAAUUGUGGUGACCACAUCUUCAAGCCUAAUACUUAAAAUAAUGUUUAAAAAUAUUGUAAAAAAAAAGUUUAAUAAAAAAUGAGUUCAUGUUAAAACA